ACGCCCACUCAGAGUUGACUGCAGUUCUUUUGCAAAAUGGCGCUGCCCUGUAUGACUGUGUGCAGCAGGGCUUCAGUAGCUGUUCUGUGUGGAAUAAGAGCUCCUGCGGGCUUUUACACCCGAACCCCGGCCGCUGCGCACAUCAGGUUAUUUUUAGUGCGGCAGUAUUCCCCCUCCCAGGCGAGGCACGGCAUUGGACGCAACAUCGUGUCCAAGCUGAAAUGGGCCAAUGAGAAGUAUGAGAGGUUCCUGCAGCGCCGCUUUCCUCGCUUCUAUGUUCUGUACCACACGUUUAUGAAAGGAUUUCGACUCCUCUUCCAGGACGCCAAAGAAAUCCGUCGAAUCAAAACACGUAUGAUCACAAACAACAUUGAUUACAACAAGCUGCCUUACCGUGAAAUGGAGAAACUCAGACAGUUUCGCAGAGACAUGAUCAAAGCCAUUCCUCUGGUCAUCAUCUCAAUACCUCCAUUUGCCAACUACCUUGUCUUUGUACUUAUGUACCUUUUUCCCCGCCAGCUCCUGAUCCGGCACUUCUGGACGCCGCAGCAGCUGCUGGAGUUUCAGGCCGUGUACCACAAGCAGAGGGCACAGCAUCACCAGGCUGUUCUCAGCGGGCUGGAGAGGACGGCACCGAGCGUCCAGGAUAACCGCCUGAGGAGCCACCUCCUCAACCUCUGCAGUAAAGUUCAGAGUGGUGCUCACCCAGUAGUGUCCGACAUUCAUGCUGUACGACCGCUGUUCUCUGGACCUCCGUUUGGUAUCAGGAGGAUGUACUCAGAUCAGAUGAGACACCUCUGCCCGCUGCUCUUCCUGACGCAUCGCCUCCCCACCCUCUGGAAUAGUCGACGCCUAAAUAACCACGCCUUAGAGCUGAUGCAGCUGGACCGUGCCAUUAUGCGCCUGGGCCUUCACCAGCUGAACGACUCGGAGCUCAGAGAGGCGUGUUACGUUCGAGGCCUGAAUGUAGAACGGCUGAAUCCCGCUCAGUGCCGUGAUUGGCUCACCCAGUGGCUCCAGUUCUCAUCAUAUCUUAAAGAGUCGGAGACGUCCCUGUAUCUGCACAGCAUGGUCCUACUGACUGUAAACUACCUGAAACCACCACGCAGCUGAUCAGCAUACAUGACCCUGCAGUUCAGGAGUUACCACAAAACACCCGAACUGGGGAAACACCAGAGGAGGGGAUGCUGGAGGUCUGCUGUUAUGGGAAAACUGGGAAACAGUGCAGUUCUUUAUUCAGUUCCACAGCGUUGAGUUUAAAAUGAAUAAGAGUUCAGGUCUUACUAAUCUUAAUGUUUUCAGUUCGGGGCUUUUUGGGAGGAGGUUUCCACUGUUCACAUUUGUUUACUGGAGCUCUGAGAUUAGAAAGAGGUGGGUACGUUAAUUAAGGCAGGAAAUAAACACCAUUAGUCACUGGAAUUAGGCUGCAGCUAAUGGAAAACAGCAUCCAUUCCCAGAGUCUAGACAUGCUAGCAUUAAAAGAUCAGUUGUAUUGAGUAACGUAUCUGUGGAUGGAGUCAUGUUUACAUUACUGGUACUUACUGGGUUAUUCCACCUAAUGCAGCCCUGCCAGGUCUAAAUGGGAGGUUGUGUGGCUCGAUGUUUUAACUGUGCUUCAUUUAUUUAUCACCUCUUUCCUGUGCUGAGUGUUGGAACUCAUGUAGUCAGUCUGUUGGAUCUUUAGAUCAUCAAUAUUCAGCACACAAGCUUGUUUUUCUGUAUCGGAUAUAUAUUUAUAUACAAGUCUUUAUGUUUAGGUGCACAGUCGGUUGGUCAUGUGGUAUGCAAAUUAGAUGGGUAGUGUCCACUAAUACAUAAUAUGUACUUUACAAAAGAAAUCAUAAGAGAAAAUGUAAUUAUUUCAGAUAUAGCCUUACUGAAACACAAAACACAACCACACACAAAUAUUUACACUACACAGCAUUUAGCUGAUGAUCUUAUCCCAAGCGACUCUUAUUGGUUGUAGUGCAGCAUUCAGUCACCCAGACCUGGAAUUGAACCCCAGUCUCCCACAUGGUAGCUCACUGACAGACGGUGAUGUUAUUCACUGCCCCUACCAACCACAUAUA